UGAGUAUGCGGGUGGUUUGGUAUAUAGGCAUCGGUCGCCAGGGCAGAGUGUCCCAUUCCGAUAUCUACAACGAUUAAUUAUACAAUUCGCAACGCUCGUUCAUCGCACAAUGGCUCACAUCACUUCGUUUCUGGUUCUCUCUUGCGUAUUCCUCGCCAGUUACAGCUUCGUCUUAAAUAGCAAUGUCAACACUAAGGAAGUGCCGGUUCUUGAAGUUGUUUCUGUAGCUGUUGAAGAACUGCCCACGAACAGUUUUCCCAAGGACAGUUCUCCUACGUCAUUAGAUGUCUCUUCCUCCAUGUCCACGGAUGUAUCAUCUCCUAUAUCCAAAGUGGAGAAUGAGAUUGUACCGGUAGAAACACAGAACGUAGAGGUAGACACCUCGAAUCGCUUCGGUAGCACCAACAGUGACAAGAAAUGUGCUGGCGUUGGGGAAUUUUGUAUGUACCACAGCGAUUGCUGCUCUUACGCCUGCCUGGGGUACAUGAAGAGAUGUGUUUCCGGAUGAAGUUUACCUUAAAUCAGUAGAAUAAUACGUUUUAAGUACUUCUUAUCUCCGUAUUAUAGACCUGGGGGGUUAAAAAGGCCAUAUCUAAGCAAUUCAUCUAAAAAAGCAACUAAUUAUUGCAUUUUGAAAUUUUGGAUAUAACAGUAAGUGCGCAAUGCACACAAAUGACAAAUAGCAGUAGGUAUUGCUUUUUUAGAUGAAUUGUUUCGUUGUGGCCCUUUUAACCCCCUUGAUUUAACAGGACCAUAUCUUCACAUUUAAAUAUAAUUCUGUCUCUUAUAAAAUGACGCAUUGUCUUCUUCACGCAUCAGUGAUAUUUAUUUAUAUUGCAUUUCAUAUUAUAUUAGUCUCUGUUAACGGAUGUACAGGGUGUUUCAGAUGGAUCGGCAACUAAACAACGACUUUAAUAGAAUCUUCAUCGGUCAGCCACUCCAGAUUAGUACUUACUAUCGAAAUUGUACCUACCUAUUAUUCACCAAGAAUCUGUACUUAAAAUGAAAACUAACGUUAAGUAAAAUUAUUCUUUUUUAAUUUCACUUCAUCCAUUUUAUGUCAAAUACCUAGUCUGUGACAGAUACUGUACAUUGCAUUGCAAUAGACCCAUUGCGUCGAGCUAGGCGCGUAUGGACAUUGUUUAAUGUCCUUACCCCAGAUAUGUUACAAACAUAGAUAAAGAAAAAAAUAUAUCAGUCUACAAAAAAAUGCAUGUUUAGUCAUUCAUUACUCAUCGCAAUGAUUCUGGUUUGAACGAUAAGAUAAACUUAUUCAUUUCUUUUUUGUAUAUGUGUAUGAAGGGAAGGUGAUAAUUUAGUACUUAGACCGGUGCUGACAAAUUCAUCACCUAUAAUCGCUCUAUCCAUCUGAUUGUAAUAUUCAUGACACAGACUACUUACAUAAUAAUAGGUGAUUUGUAUGUACAUGAGUGUAAAUGGUACUCUCUAGAGAAAGUUUUAGAUACAGCAUGGUCCUCUAGACACUAUUCGACUUAUCCUAAACUUUUCUUUUCCACUCACUAUUCGAAUAAUAAUUUUUAUUCUUUCUAUAUCCAAAUUGUUAUUAAAGUUUUAACAAACAUCCUAUUCAAUAUUCCCGAACAGCAAGAGCCGUUGACCAUGUAUUGAAUGUUGACCAUGAAACUUGCCAGCCGUUCUAAAAAUAUCUAAUAUCUAAAAAUAUGAAAUAGGAUCAUGUUACCUGUCUACAUUAUGAAUCACAAAACGUGAAGUAGGUACCUAUAUCUAAAUCUUGUUAUUCUAAAUCUUUCAUGGCAUCACCUGUCAUCAUACAUACGUGCAUGGCGAUGUAUCUCAUAAACAUAGAACAGUAAUAAUGUCCGAGUCACUAAAUUACCCCGUUACGUACAAAAAUGAUUAAAAUUGGAAUACAAAGUAAUCACUGAAAUAUUUAUAACUAAAGUUCGCAACGUCGAAAGUUCCAAUCCUGAUUUUUGCAUUUUUGGUGAGUCAUAAACCUCUACAAUAAUCGUACUGUUUGUUUACCGCUGCAGUAGUGUUAUCAUCAGUAUGCGGCUGUGUUAGUAUAGUAUAUAAGUAGUCACGGGUCGCCUGGGCCGGGUGUUCCAUUUCGAUACCACUGUUGCGAUUACUUUUACAAAUAUUCAACUCAGGACAAUGGCUCAAAUCACUCCGUUUUUGGUUUUCUCCUGCUUGUUCCUAGCAAGUUACUGCUUCGUCUUAAAGAGCAACGAUAUUAACUCUAAGAACGUGCCAAUAGUGGAUGUAGUUUAUGCAGUUGAUGAAGAACUACCUGUGGACGUUAAAAAUGGAGAGGAUACUUUAGCGGUAAUAAGCUUGGAUCGCAGCGACGACCGCGUAACGAAAUGUGCUGAAGUUGGAGAAUUUUGCAUGAACAACAAAGACUGCUGUUCUAAUUCAUGUCUUGGAUUCAUGAAGAGAUGUGUCUCCGGAUCAGGAUGAAGUUUGUAAUAAAAAAUAUAGAUAGGUUUAAAAUAUUUAAUAUAUAACAUUGUAUUACAAAGAUCUGGUUCACAUCUAUAAACAGUUCUACCUCUACAUAAUUAUGUUAUAAGCCUGUUAUCAAAUAAAAGCAUUAUGUUUAGACUCCAGUCAUAAAUAUAACUGAUUGUAUGAA